UGAUGUUGUCGUUUUUCCUCUCAACCACCAUCAGCAGCAGCAAAAAAGAACGUCCCAGAAAACUCAAAAUAUUUUCCAGUUUUGUUUCAAUUUUCCUCAUGAAUAAUUAGAGAAAAGUGUUAUAAAAGUGAACGAUUGCGUUUUUCAAUAGUGCUGCAGUAAUGUGUUGCUAAAAUUUAAUCUUAAACCACGGUUGCAGCUAGCUAGAAAAGACAAGUUCAAAGCAUUAUCUUCUCCAUCAGAAAAAAGGAGGAAGCCACCGAGCGAUCCAAAGUACGGUAAAACUGGAACGGUCAAAUCUAGUACAGAAAAUGGCCACGGUCAAUCUGAACGGCCAGUCCCGGGAGGGUGGCGGAGGAGCAUCUGCUUCCGGGUGCGAUCCUUCGUCGUCAUCGUCGUCGGCGUCGUGCUCCGCUGCGUCACAAUACCCCAUUCAGGGUAAGAAAGAUCAAUGGAUCAAGCUGAACGUUGGCGGAACCUGCUUUUUGACCACCAAGACCACCCUGUCCCGGGAUCCAAAUUCGUUCCUGUCCCGGUUGAUUCAGGAGGACAGUGAUCUUAUUUCGGAUCGAGACGAAACGGGGGCCUACCUAAUCGAUCGUGAUCCGCGAUAUUUUGCGCCAGUAUUGAAUUAUCUGCGGCAUGGUAAGCUGGUACUGGAUGAUGGUCUAUCCGAGGAGGGUGUCCUCGAGGAAGCCGAGUUCUAUAAUGUAACGCAUCUGAUUGGACUGAUAAAAGACAACAUUGCACGAAGGGAACAGCGACCGGCGGCGGAUAAAAAACGUGUCUAUCGUGUCCUGCAGUGCCAGGAAAAUGAACUGACACAGAUGGUAUCUACCAUGUCGGAUGGGUGGCGCUUCGAGCAGCUCAUCAACAUCGGUACGUCGUACAACUAUGGUGCCGAGGAGAACGCCGAGUUCCUUUGUGUGGUUUCGAAAGAGUGUGCAAACACGCUGAUCGGUCGCGAGAACGAAUCAAAUGAUCGGGCAAAGGUGCUGCAGCAGAAGGGUUCUCGUAUGUAAUCGAGGUAAGUCGGUUCAGCGGACGAGAAUCACCUAUAACUUAAAUAAAUUUUACAAUAUGUAUCUAGCGACGAGAUUAAAUGUAGGGUUCGAGAAGUAAAUCAUUAGUAGAAAUCGCACUGAAACUCGUUGCUGUUACUUACGUAUAUAAGAUUAGUUUUUUUGUCACAUGUUAAGUUACUUACAUUGAUGCAACAUGUCAAAGGUGGAUUAUUUAUAUAAUCCUUUUCGGUUUCAUAAUGUACAUCUUGAGGUAAUCAAAUGUUUUUUUCUUUCUCGUUUUAAAUCAGCAUACGGUACUAUGUUCAGACCACAAGUGAACCAUUUGUUUGAGAAACUGCAUUUGUGACAUUUUUGGCCAAAAUGAGAUUUUUAUAUAUUUUGAAUCCUUGUUCAACAAAACGUAUUAUGGCAAAAAUUUCUGGCAAAUUUGUUUGGAAAAGUAGGUAUGUAUUUUAAGAGUAAUUAUGGAGUACUGUUUGCAGUUUUUGAACUGGAAGUGCCGCAGAGUAUAGAGUUUUGCGUAAUACUAUUGAUCUGUUUCAAAACAUUUCUCGUAAUUGUGUAAAAUUGAUAUAUGCAGUUUCUCACACAAAUGAUUCAAGUGUGUAACAGUGCUACAUGCUCUUCGGCAUUUUUAUGUCAUACCAGCCAACCGAAUUUUCUUUUCUGUCUCUCUUACAAAUGAGGUAAGAGGAACAUCCCAAUAAAAAAGGUUUCCAAAGAAUUUGUUACCCAUCGAAAAUCAAAAUCAUGGUUUUAUUGAGAACUAUCAUAAAUGCGAAUCAUAAAUGCAGUGCUAUGUAUUGGGCUCCUCAACAAAUCUAGGUAUAUGCAUUCCAGAUAUGGAACCAAAAUUGUCAAAUUUUCUUAAACUCCUCAGUCUAUUUAAACGGGGAAAACAUCUAAUUUCCCGAAAUCCUAAUACUUGACAAUGCAUCAAUCGAAUCAUAUCGUUUAGUUUAAUAUCAACGUAACAAUUGGAUUAGCUUAAGGUACAAUUAACAAAUAACAGCGAAAAACGGAACCGAAUACCGGUCGAUUAUUUUUUACGCUCUUACACCGACAAACUGUGUUCUGCUAAUCCUACCUAUCACUCAAACACAUUUUAGAUUUAGGAUUUAUCUUCGAUCAACUAGCGUCAGAGUAUGUUGUUUUGUUUCGUUUACAUUUGGUUCUGUAUGUCAUUGCAAUGAGUUUUAGUUCUAGGGUUUUCUGUGCAACUUAAGGCAUGUUAGUCACUGACGCAAAAUAACACAGUUUGUAGUGCGGAUUUAAAUUUUGAUAAGACAACAAUGUGUACUAAGUGCGAUUACACAGAAAGUGCACCAUGUUUCUAAAUUGACAAGGGAGUUUAUCCGGCAGUUUAUAGAAACGACGAGUUCGUGAAACGUGCCGACAAGCACUGGCAGAGACAGAGGCGGGGCAUCACACGGUGCAAGUGGCGUGGUGCUCCACCAUCUCUCAAAAGUUGGCGCCGCUAGUGCCGAAAUGAUAGAAAUUUAUGUAGAUUGGUAGUCGUAUCAAGAUCAAAUCAACUAUCUACUAAUAGCGCCACUAAGACAGGUAAAUGUUGUGAUUCAAGGCGGAUAUAAUUUGGAUGGAAGAUAAAUAUAAUUUAAUACACA